AUGGCGGACGUCGAAGAUGCCUGCAACGGGGACGUCGUUGACCUCAGCAACCGCGGGCUGCGCAUCGGCUCCAUCUUCAUCAUCAUGGCGGCCGCAACCUUUGGCGCCUUUGCUCCAAUUCUCUUGGCUCGACAACAGAAGAUGCAUGUGCCCAAGUUCACAUUCUUCAUCUGCAAAUACGUCGGAACGGGAGUCAUCAUUGCAACCGCCUGGAUGCACUUGCUAGACCCGGCCAUCGACAACUUGUCCGAUCCCUGCCUUGCUCCGCGACUCGGCGACUAUCCAUGGGCCUUGUGCAUCAGUUUGAUGACGGUCAUGCUCAUGUUCUUUGUCGAGCUGCUUGCCGCACGAAUUGGAGGGGAGGACGAUGGACACAGUCACUCGCUGGGCUCUGAUAACGAUUCCGACCCUUCUCUUGGCUCAAUAUCUCGAAAGAAGCCGCAGGAGAAGGGAGCCAUCUCAGUGGACUGCCCCCAUGACGCUCACCUCGCACACGGCCACGAGCACGAUGACGGCGACUCUCACGGUGGCCUAGCGGGCCAGCUCACCGCCAUCUUCAUCCUUGAGUUUGGUGUCGUCUUCCACAGCGUUUUCAUUGGCCUGACCCUCGGUACUACGGAUGACUUGGUUGUUCUGCUCGUUGUCCUAGUGUUCCACCAAAUGUUUGAAGGCCUCGGUCUGGGCUCCCGCUUGGCGACAGCCCCUUGGCCCAAGAAGAAGCAGUGGGUGCCGUACGUGCUCGGCCUCAUAUUUGCCGCGUCGACUCCCAUCGGCACGGCCGCCGGCAUAGGAGCGCGGCCCAGCAACGCAAACACCCAGAAGCUGGUCAAUGGCAUCUUCGAUUCGAUCAGUGCUGGUAUCCUCAUGUACACAGGCCUGGUCGAGCUGCUCGCACACGAGUUCAUGUUCAACCCGCACAUGCGCAAGGCGCCUCUGAAGAUUCAACUAUUUGCAUUUGGAUGCGUGGCCUUUGGCGUCGCAAUCAUGUCUCUGUUGGCAAAAUGGGCGUAA